AUGGCCGGAUUCGAUGGUCAAGAUGCGGACCACAUCAAGGGAGGUAUGACGGUAUACUACACCCAGAAAGACUUCGAAAGCUCAGACCUCGACAAUCCCGUGAGAGCCUUUCCGCCGGGCUUCCGCAUGACCGUUGGUAACCCGUCAACGAACACACUCAACGGCACAAAGAAGGGCCUGGCAUACACGUGCUUGCAAACCAUCCUCACUAGAGGUUAUGAGACUCCUGACUUCCCGAAAGAGCCCUGCCCUGCCGGUAUCAUGGCCAUCCAGCCAUUUUCCCUCUUGCUGGAACGGAGUCGACCUUGA